AUUUAAUUCCCUCAAAUAACUGGAUCUGUUUGAGGCUUCACAACGCCACCGAUAGAGCGAGAGUGGGAGUAGAAACAGUAUCAGCUCCAAGAAUGGGGAAGACGGUGGAGAUAUUGGAGACCGGCUUGGUGACUCCGAUCGACGACACCCCAAAGCAUGAGAUCUGGCUGUCAAAUCUGGACCUAUUGGUGGCCCGGGGUCACACGCCAACGGUCUAUUUCUACCGGCCCAACGGGGACCCCAACUUCUUCUCGGUGGAGGCCCUGAAGGCGGCUCUGGGCAAGGCUUUGGUGCCAUUCUACCCGCUCGCCGGCCGGUUCGUGGUGGGCCCAGAUGGCCGGGUCGAGAUCCACUGCACCGGGGAGGGGGUUCUCUUCGUCGUCGCCCGCUCCGAAUCGACGGUCGAUGAGUUUGGAGAUUUCGCGCCGUCGACGGAAAUGAGGCAGUUGCUAGUGCCGUCGGUGGAGUCCGGCAACCCACCGUGCAUCUUGGUCAUGUUUCAGGUAACGUUCUUCAAGUGUGGUGGGGUGUGCUUGGGCGCCGCCGUGCACCACCCCACCGCAGAUGGCCUCGGCGCGCUCCACUUCGUCAACUCAUGGGCAGAAAUUGCCCGAGGCAUGGAGCUCGCCGUCCCCCCCUACCUUGACCGCACCCUUCUCCGAGCUCGCUCUCCACCGACGGUGCUCUUCGACCACGUCGAAUACUCACCGAAGCCACAAGCGAAGCCUUCCAGCGGCAGCAAAUACCCCUUCGACUCCGCCAUCCUUAAGCUAUCCAAGAACCAGCUCAAUUCCCUCAAGAACAUCGGCGGCGGCAAGAAGCCCCUCUCCACCUUCAAAGCAGUCGUCGCCCACGUGUGGCGGUCCGCGUGCAAGGCUCGCCAGCUUUCAAGCGAUCAGGAGACCCGACUGUACAUGACCGCCGAUGCGCGUGCUCGCGUUACGCCCCCACUUCCACAAGGCUAUCUUGGCAACGCCAUCUUCAGGACGUCGGGAGUUGCGACGGUCGGAGAAGUGCUGUCCAAUUCGCUCGAGUUCAGCGCCGACAAGGUUCACGGUGCAAUCGUUCGAUUAAAUGACGAAUUCAUCCGGUCGCUUGUGGACUACCUGGAGCAGCUGGAGGAUGUGAGGGGUUUGCACAAGGGGGCGUGGGUGAUGCCGGGCACCGACCUGUGGGUGAUCAGCUGGCUGGGGCUGCCGAUAUAUGAGGCCGACUUUGGAUGGGGGAAGCCGGUGUUCAUGGGGCGUGCGUGCCUGCAGUUCAGUGGGCUGGUGUACAUCAUGAACAACCCCGGAGCUGAUGGUAGUCUCUCGUUGGCGGUGGCGCUGGAGCCAGAGAAUAUGCCAAGGUUCAAGAAGAUAUUCUUCGAGGAUUUGGAGGCUGUGGGGGGAGUGUAGCCAUGGCUGGCUUCUGUAGCUUGUGAGCUCUGGCCUUCUUGUGCCUGUCGGUGUUUAACUGGAUUAUUGAGUUGCUGGUAUUAUGUAUGUCCCCGCUUUCUAGCAUGCGAAUAAAUUUGGUUCUGGAAUUUACUUUCAGCA